AUGAAUGGUUGUGCCAAAAUCAAGCGUGUCCAAUAUUACCUGGAGAACAAGGCACCUGACUUGUGCAGACUGAGGAAGAAGAGCCAGACAGUCAUAUUCAAAGUGAAAUGUGCAGCUGAAUUCAACAAGUACAAGGUCCUAUUGUAUCUGGGCUCCGUAUUUACCAGCCUCCUCUUCCUAGUUGUGAACUUAACUUGUGCAAUGCUAAUCCAUAGUGAAGUCCCAGAGAACCAGCUGAGAUGGACAGUCCUUGCCCGUGCCCUAGUCAAUGAUAGCCUCUUCAUCCUCUGUGCCGUCUCAUUGGCUUGCUGCAUGUGCAAACUGGGAAAAAUGUCUUCAGCAAAUGUCUACCUCGAGUCUAAGGGAACAUCUGUCUGCCAGGCUAUUCUUGUGGGAUCUGUAGUUGCUCUUCUCUAUUCCUCAAGGGCUUGCUACAACCUGGUAGCUGUGGCCAUAUCUCCAGACAAUGUUCCUGGUCCUUUUAACUAUGGCUGGGACAACCUUUCAGACAAGGUGCAUGUGGAAGUGAGCAGUGAAGAAUAUGUAGUGUUUGGAGUGGUCCUCUUCCUCUGGGAGCUGGUGCCAACGACUUUUGUGGUGCUGUUCUUCCGGGCUCAGAGACUGAGUCAGAACUUGAAAUGCCUUGCUACUGGCCUAACUCCUUUCUUUUUAACCAGAGCGUACUUCUUUGACAAUCCAAGGCGCUAUGACAGCGAUGAUGACUUGUCACGGCUUGGGGCCAGAGAAGGCGGCUUGGCCACCCCUCAGUGCUCUGGCUGCUAUGGGUCCCUGGCUGGGAAUGACAGCUUCACAGUGGGCCCCCAUCUCAGCGGAACUACUACAGACAGUGACCCCUUGCUCUUUGCUGCAGGCGGCUCGGAGUUGAACAAUCACCAUAGCUCAUGCCCUGCACCACAGAACUGAAGAGGCUGGAAGGGGCCUUUCUUCCCCAAAGUGGCAUUCAUGUAUAGGAUUGUAAUCUGUUUUUCUCUUUUCCUCUUCCCUGAAGCAUCUAACUCAUCAACACAAACAUUCCACUACCUGCUGCAGCUGUAAGCAGGACUGAAGCUAUGGCUGCAGGCAGUAAGAGAACUGUGACUUUUAAGGUACCAUGUAGCAAAGUGAAGCUGAACUCUCUGGAAGCUUUUUCUUGGUCUGGUCUUCAAGUUGUUGGCAGCUAAAUGCACCUGAGCUUCCUCACUAGAAAAGAAACAUCAAAUGCAUAUUUGCACUUUUAUCUGCACACUUGGAAGGAAUGAAUCUUGCUCAGACUGCUUGGUCUGAGACUGUUCUAGCUACUCUUUUAAUUGCACAUCCAUAGCUGGGAGAGGCACUGUCUUCCUGCAAAGUCUGGAGCUUCUAGACAUGUUCCAUGAAGUACUCUGCAUCCUGACUCACUUGAGUGUGAUGCUCUGUGUUAACUGAGUGUGUUAUGGGCAGGGACUCCUGCAAUGAAUGUUAAAGCAUACUGUGCCAUAUUCACACCCUGCAGGGCUGAUGCCUCUGGGCUGAGUGUGGUCUUGCUCUGACUGCUAGUCCUUGUUCCACCUGAUUGCUGAACUACCCUGCUGAGGAGUGUGGGUUCAAAGCUGAGCUCAAAGCAUACCCAUAGCAAAGGCCUGUAAUAGCCGAGAUCAAGUGCUCCUGCUGGCAAUAAGAUCAUUAAAUUUUAACCAGCCCACUAGAUUAUGGCAAAGGAAGAAGGCUGGCUGGGACUGUAGCUGCUGUCAAGUGUACGGGGGGGGUGUCAAGACUUUCAUAGGUUGGCUUCUUCCAGGAAGGUUAGGGCUGGGACUGGCUCAGUAUGAGUGUGUGUGUGUGUGUAUAUAUAUAUAUAGAAACAUAUUUGGCCAAAGUGCAUGUAAAACUGACCACUUUAACCAAUGGGUUGUGAAAGCUGUCCUAUUUUCUCCUCUUUCACCCCAGUAUUAAAUUGCAUUUAGCAGAUAACCAAGCUUUUUAACCUGAGCAAAUGUGAACCUACAAGGUCCCCACUGAGGUAGAAGAGGGCUCUGCUCGUGGAGGCAGCAUGUGCUGUGAGGGGAAAGGGGGAAAGCUGCAGGAAAACUAGUCCCUGGGGGUCUGUUCCCCUCCCACAUCUCCAUGGCUGCCCUCUCCCAUGCCGCUGAGCAGGCCACAGGACCUGGGCUGGGGUUCUACUACCACAGUAGCUGUCAGCAGUGCUUAAUGGUGUACACUGGGUUUGAAUAUGCUAGGUCACAGUUUGGGAGGAUGUUGGUUUCAGAGUUGCUUUCUGUUUCUCUUUGACUAGCUGAAACAGGCAAGUUUAGAGUUGGCCCAUAGCUGUGUAGGCUCUUGGAGACUAGACUCUGCGUUUAAGACUUCAUGUUACUUGUGGCUUGUCUCUGUAUGAGUCCUGUGCGGGCAUGAGCAAAGCGGCUUUGGAGACAUGCUUGGAUGGAGACACUGGUCCAGGGAGGACAGCUGCUCUUGUGUCUCUGACCUCUCAGUGAAAACUUGAACUGGAACUGCUUAACCUGCCUGGAGCUGCUCCUGCUGUUCAAACAAGCAAGUCUAACACUGAAAGCUUGAAUUCAGAUCCUCCUGGGGCAAGGACUCAACUGUGUAUGGAGUGGUACUAGGCUGGCCUGGCUUUGUGGGUUGGGGACACUGUGCAGUGGGGCUGGGUGCUGGAGGUACUCUGAGGCAGCCUCAGUGUCUCCAGCUGCAUGUGAGAAGCUGCAAGUGCUGGGACAGCUCUGACCUUUUCUCACUUGCUGUGUGCUUACUAGUGUGUCCUCGUCACCAGAUUGGCCACCUUGCUUUACUGAGCUAGAUGUCACUUGUCACACUGAAAACACCAUGUCCCUCUGCCUGUUCCCCUGGUCCUGGGCUGUGCUGGCUCGUGAGCCUGUACAUGCUAACCUGCUUCACUCUUGCUGCCCCAAAAAUGGAGCAACCUCUGCUUCCGUUUAGAAAAGGCUCUGAGACAAUGACUUUCAACACAUCCCUUUUGCUCUCGUUGUUGAACCAGAGAGCUCCACCAUGACUGCUGUGGCUUUCCUGGCUGGUUUAUUUUACAUGUUGUAAGAGAUCUGUCCUCUUGCCCCCGUUGGGAUACAGAAACAGGUUGCUCCAUCUCAAUCACUGCUUGUCUUAUGGCAAAGCUAACAAAGGACCUGGACUCCAUGCAUUGCCCUUCUCCCAUAUGUCACCAAAGACAGUAAGUGACGCUAGUGGCCCCUGUUCUUGCUUAAAUUCCAAAGCACUAGGAGCACUUUAAGUUUUUCUUUGGAGGGAAGGGAGUGUAGUGCAAAAAAAAUAAAAAUUAAAAAUUAAAGGGCUACAGGCUCAUUGUUCAUAUUGCACUGAAGCACAUAACAACAAUAUGAUCUUCCUGGCAUUAGGAUCACAGGUUGGGGCAGUGAGUCUCGUUGCUAAGUGUACUCAUGAGUGACUGGCAAAGUGUUUUGGUUUUGUUCAUUUGUACGGAUGGCCGUUAAUUUCAAAACUCUGACAGCUCGUGUUGGAGCUGGUCUUGUGUUUUACUGAAGUAAUUUAUAGCUCAAAAGUACAAUGACUUUUUUAAUGCAUAGUUGCCUUUCAUUAAACUUUCUUUUUUUGGUAUGGUUUAACAGUGUUUUGGCUUUGCAGUCAGGCAGCAGCUGGCUGCAACAGGAAGCUGUGGCCAAUGAAUGUACCUAUUUGUUCUUCACUAAACUGUAACCAAGCACUACUAUGUUGAAAUAAAAAAAAAAAAAAUUUCUGUGCUACUU